UCAGUAAAUAUUCAUGUUUUCAUAGUGAAUCCUUAUAGGAUAACUUUAAAUUCCCGUAUUUUUUUGGCUUCCAGAUUUUCAGCUUAUAUGCGCACUUCGUUCGAAACAAUAUGAAAUGAAAAUAACAGAAAAUCAUAAUGAAAGUGUUUCUAUGCAAAUAAUAAUCAAACAUCACGUUAAUAUUCACAAAAAAUAUCAUUUUGUUCAAUAAGUUUUUUAUAAAAAAAUCUAAUUGUGAAAAUUACGUGCCAAAAAAGAAUAUUUUCCUUUUUCGAAAUAGAAAUAAAAUGGAUCUUAACGAAAAUCAUAAUAUUCAAGACGAAAUAAACGAAACUAUGAAUUCUUUAACCAACGACGGUAGUUACACAAUCAAUGGACUAUUAAGUACUUUUGCUAGCAUGCAAAAUGAAGACGACGAACCAGAAAAAUACGAAUACGCAGAAUCUGUUCAGAGUUACAACUCAAACGAAGAUGAUGCAGGAAAUUCAGGCAUUUCAUGUUCUAAGAGGAAGCAAAGAAGAUACAGGACAACUUUUACAAACUAUCAAUUAGAGGAGCUCGAAAGGGCGUUUCAUAAAACCCACUAUCCAGAUGUGUUUUUUCGCGAAGAAUUGGCAUUGAGAAUUGAUCUAACCGAAGCUAGAGUUCAAGUUUGGUUCCAAAAUAGAAGGGCUAAAUGGAGAAAGCAGGAAAAAACAUUAAAUAAAAAUUCAAACAUGCAAAAUUCUAACACUGGCAUCCCCAUUAGCUUACAGGCUUGUUCAACAUCUCUGGAUAAUCCACUACUGAAUUUUACCAAUAACGAACCUAGUGGCACUUCAAAUGUUUUCUUGGGACUCGAAUGGCCACUGUCAUUCUCUAGUUCUUCAGCACUGUCAAAUACCAUAGACCAAUCAACAAAUACCAAUCAAGAUUGCUCAAUGGAGAACCAAAUUAAUGAAACUAUGCUAAUCGCUGAUAGUAUAACAAAUUCAAUACAACCAAAUAUUAUGGAAGAAAAUAUUUUUCUUAGUGGUGAAACAGAUGAUGAAAAUUUAACUUUAAUGGCUUCUAACGAUAACGAUAUUUCCAUCGAUCCUGAUUUGUUGACAUUGAAACCACCACGGAAUCAGUUAACACAAGAUGACCACUAAUACACUAAACAUAAUUUCUAAAUAUAUUAUCAACAUAA